CGCGGAGGCGGUGGCGGCACCUCCUCCUCCUGCUGCUGCCGAGCCCCAUCCCCCCGCGACCGGCCGGUUCCAGCCUGCACCCCCGUGUCCGUGCCCGUGCCCCCUCCCCCGGGCCCCGCAUGGGCCUCACCGUGUCCGCGCUCUUUUCUCGGAUCUUCGGGAAGAAGCAGAUGCGGAUCCUCAUGGUUGGCUUGGAUGCAGCUGGCAAGACCACAAUCCUGUACAAACUGAAGUUGGGGGAGAUUGUCACCACCAUUCCCACCAUAGGCUUCAACGUGGAAACAGUGGAAUACAAGAACAUCUGUUUCACGGUCUGGGACGUGGGAGGCCAGGACAAGAUUCGGCCUCUGUGGAGGCACUACUUUCAGAACACUCAGGGUCUCAUCUUCGUGGUGGACAGUAAUGACCGGGAGCGGGUCCAGGAGUCGGCAGAUGAACUUCAGAAGAUGAAGGAGGAAAGGAGAGCUUCCCUACACAGCAGGGAAGAGGGAGCCUGGGGACCCCAAAGGACCCCAGAUUCCACCCCCUUGGCCUCUCUCAGCUGCAGGAGGACGAGCUUCGGGAUGCGGUGCUGCUGGUCUUUGCCAACAAGCAGGACAUGCCCAACGCCAUGCCCGUGAGCGAGCUGACCGACAAGCUGGGCCUGCAGCACUUGCGCAGUCGCACGUGGUACGUCCAGGCCACCUGUGCCACCCAAGGCACAGGCCUAUACGAUGGGCUGGACUGGCUGUCCCAUGAGCUGUCUAAGCGCUAACCAACCAGGGGCCGGCCCCUGCUGCCCGGAAGCCCCCGCGUGCAUCCCCGGGAUCACCAGACUCCCGGACUCCUCAGGCAGUGCCCUGCCCUCCUGCUCCUCCUCCCACAGACACAGGCCUCUGCUCCUGCCCCUCCUGCCUGCAUGUUCUCUCUGUUGUUGGGGCCUGGAGCCUUGCUCUCUGGGCACAGAGGGGUCCACUCUCCUGCCUGCUGGGACCUGUGGAAGGGGCUUCCAGGACCGAGACCCUUUCUUCCAGAGGAGGAGCAGGGACCUGGGUUUACUUUUGUUUGUUCCAUUUUGGGCAUACCCUUGGGGCCAGGUGGGAGGGACGAGGGGCUCCGGGUGGUGCUAAGAUAUGGCACUGGAUAUUGAGUAAUAAAUUUGCUGUGGUUUGUACAUGA